AAUACAGGAUAGAUUUUUACAUGAUGGAUCUUGUAAAAGGAAUGUAUAUGAUGCUCUAUAUCAGCCAAGUGCAAAUUCCUUCCUCAAUCAAAGAAAUGAAUUCAUUUGUUAAUGAGUUAGAAACUCUUUUAAGAGUACGGGACAUUUUUUGUAACUCAUUUGAUGCUUUAUAUAGUAAACUUUGUAAUCCAACUCCACCACUACCAAAGGUAAUUUUCAAACGCAGUACCCUUGGUACUCCAAAGUUUAAUCAAUUAGUUAGUAAGACCCGAAAUUGUCAUAGGGACUGUCCAAUAUGGUAUGGACGGUUUGAUUCCAAAAGAUGUUGA